AUGCGGAAGAAAUGUGAAAAACUAAAGAAGAAGAAAAAGAAGUUGGAGCAAGAAGUAGUGAACCUCAAAAGUCAUAUAGAAGUGAAUAUGAUAGUACACAGUCAAGUAGAGCAGUGUAUACUGGAGAGUGAAGAAAGAGCGAGACAGGAUCUCAUAGAGAAAUUAAAAGAAGUCAACCUAUUUUUACACACACAAGCAGCAUCUCAAGAGAACUUAGAGUAUUUACGAGAGAAAAAUAAUUCUUCUGUAAGAAGUCAGAUGGAACUUAGAAUUGAAGACUUGGAAUCUGAACUCUUCAAGAUGAAAACUUUGCCAGAAGAUUAUAAUAAAGCAGAGUGGGAAAAAUAUAAGCAACUCUACCUAGAAGAACUAGGAGACAGAAAGUCAUUGGAAAAUAAACCCAGGUACUGCAUCCGAGACAAGGACCUCAGAAAGAUCCACAAAGCUGCCAGUGCAGGCAACGUAGCCAAAGUGCAGCAGGUUCUGUUGCCCGGGAGGAAUGGCCUGAAUGACAGAGAGAAGAUGAAUAGGUUUCCCAAUAAACCUGGCAUUGAUUUGGGGCCUACAUCAGAAGAUGAAGUCUUAGAUUUUAAAACCAAGGAAGGGGCCACAAAGUCAGAACUUGUUGCAGAAGAAAGUGAUACUGAUAUUAUUGACAGGGCUCCUCAAGAGCAAACAAGUCAUGACCAUUUGACUUCUGUUGAUGGAGCACACAAAAAUGAUAGAAGUGAUAUGCUGUCAGCCUUAGAAUUGGGAGAAGAGGAAGAUAUAGAAUCACCUUGGGAUUCUGAGAGUAUCUCUGAGAGCCUUCCACAGAAGUAUGUGGAUCAUUUAUCUGGAACUGCUGGUGAAAGAGGAAAAAAGACAUUAAACGGACAAGUAGAAGAUGUAUCUUAUAUACCUUCUUGUACGAGUGGAUCGAGAAACUUUAAGAUGGCUAAACUAGAGGAGCCAAGACAUGUGGGCAAACCAGUAGCCUACAUGGAUUCUCCUGAGAAAUAUCCUAACAUGAAGCCUGCAGUCAGAAUGAAAGAUUAUGUUCCUAAUAAAACAGUCAGAAUGAAGGAUUUACAAACAUCCGGUUCAGCUUUGUCAACAGAACUAGACUUGGAAAUGAUAUCAGAGGAAGAACAAGAAAAACUUGAUGGAGAUGAAAAUAACCUUUCACAGGUUGAAGAAGAAAAGAAGCACCAAAGUAGUGAAGUGGAAGUAUCAGACAACGUAUGCGAUGCUGCUGAUGAGAGUGGAUUGAUUCAGCAGAGAAAGAGUGGAGGAAACAGCAACCAGGAGUUUCCUGCUAUGGAGAAUGAAGAUUCUGAUAGCAAUCCUGGUGUGCACAGGAAGAAAGUAAGGCAAAAGAACAAUGACAGACGGACACCAGAAGAACGUGUGACUGCAUCAGUAUUUGACAAGACCGAUUCACUGACUGGGGGUCUGCUGCACGUGAAUGAUGACAGCAUUUUAAGGCACGUGGAUCAGGAUGAUGACAGGCCUGCAAGGAAAACACCGUAUGAAAAGAAGAAGGUCAAAGAACAAAUGAAUUACGUGAACAACCUGGAUGACUUAACUCAGUCGUCUGAGACGGUUUCUGAGGAUGGCAAUGCACUUCACUCUACAAAUUCCACAUUGCAAGUAGAACCUCUUGACUUGGGGUGUAAAGAUUCUGGUAGUUUGUUGAAAAUUCAGGAUGCAAUUUUUUCACAUGACAGAUUAGUAGAUUUUCAAAGAAAACACUGUGAACUACUUAGAGGAGAAAUUCACAAAAUGAAAAGCAAGUUUUGUGGGCUACAAAAAGAGCUGUCAGAAACCAAAGAAGUGAAAUUACAGUUAGAGCAUCAGAAAGUGGAGUGGGAACGAGAGCACAGAAGCUUGAGAUUCACCUUAAAUCAAGAAGAAGAGAAUAGAAGAAAUUCCAAUAUGUUAUAUGAAAAAAUUAGGGAGCAGUUAAGAAGAAAAGAAGAUGAAUAUAGUAAAGAAGUUGAAAUGAAGCAGCAACUUGAACUCACUCUCCGAGAAGUAGAAAUGGAACUGAAGACUGUGACAAAUAAUCAGAAUCAGAGUUGUCGAGUGGCAUCUCAGAGCAGAGGAAUUCACUCCCCUGCCCGAUAUCCCUCUCAAAUACAGACUGGGUCUCAUCCCCAAGGUCCUACCAGCAGAUCUCCUGCAACGGAAAGCUCUCAGGGAGAGCUCAGGAAAGUACUAUUUGUAAUUCAAAUCCAUUUGUCUACAGCAGUCAGGACCCAGAACCCUGAUUGUGGUUUAGGCCAGGAAGACCACCUUGUGCUCCCCCAUCGACCGCACUACCCGAACAAGUCGCUCUGCUUUGGAGUGAGCAUCGCUCCAUGCACGUCAUCACCUUCAGUGUCUGAAUCAGAGUCCGUUCUUGGCUCCACUGCUUCUGCUGGUCCUGAAGAGCCAAAAGACCUGUUGUGCAAAAACCACAUGCUGCAGGAUGAAAUUGCCAUGCUAAGACUGGAAAUAGAGGCAAUGAAAAACCAGAACCUGGAAAAGGAAAAGAACUAUUUUGAGGACAUUGAAAUUGUCAAAGCAAAGAAUGAUGAUGCUCAAAAGGCAAUAAAACUGAAUGAGGAAAGGUUAACAAAAACUAUAUCCCAGUAUACAGGCCAGCUUAAUGUUCUGACAGCUGAGAAUACAAUGCUAAAGUCUAAGCUGGAGAACGAAAAAGAAAACAAACAAAGACUGGAAACAGAAGUGGAAUCCUACCGUUCUAGACUGGCUGCUGCCUUUCAGGAUCAUGAUCAAGGUCAGACAUCACAAAGAGACCUGGAGCUUGCCUUCCAGAAAGCAGAAGAUGAGUGGUUAUGCUUGCAGGACAAAAUGAAGUCUGAUGUGGCUAACCUAAAAGAUAAGAAUGAGGCGCUUUCCCAGCAACUUUCUACAGCAGAAAGUAAAUUCCAUCAGGUAAAAAUCAAGUUGCAGCACACGAGAGAUAAUCUUAGAGAAAAGAUUUUGAUGUUAGAACGUGUCCAGAGAGACCUUCGCCAAGCAGAGUGUCAAAAGCAGGAAAUUGAACACAUGUAUCCGAAUGAACAAGGAAAAGUGAAUAAAUACCUUGGAAAGCAGGACUCCUUAGAGGAAACAUUAUCUCAACUCUGGAGUGAAAACAUGUUGCUCCGACAGCAACUGGAUGAUGCACAAAACAAAACCAACAGUAAGGAGAAGACAAUCAUUAGCAUCCAAGACCAGUAUCAGCAGAUCAUGAGAAAACUUCAUGCUGAAAGUGAGAAACAAGGUCUGAUGCUGGAGGAAAGAAACAAGGAGUUAAUCCAGGAAUGUAAUCAUUUAAAAGAGAGAAUGUAUCAGUACAAAAAUGAAAAAGCAGAAAGAGAAGUAAUUGUGAGACAACUUCAACAAGAACUGGCUGAAAAAGAUGCCCUGAAAAAGAAGUCUAUGUCAGAGGCUUCACUGGAAAGCAUGUCUAAUUGUGCUAAAUUAGAAGCUGAGACACAGGAUUUAAAGAACAACAUACAUCAACCCACAAGUCAGAUUGAUGAUUUUCCAGCAGAGCUGGAAACUGCAUCUUCAAAAUGUCUGCACGUGGAUGCAGAAAAAUCAAGUAUUUCAACAGGAGUUAUUAUCUAUGGAAUGAAUAUACAAGCAAGAUCUCAACAGAUGGAACUCAGAAUUAAAGACUUAGAAUCUGAACUCUCUAAGAUGAAAACUUUGCAAGAAGAUUCUAAUAAAGACGAGUUGGAAAAAUAUAAGCAUCUCUACCUAGUAAAACUUGAAGUUAGAAAGUCAUUGCAAGAUAAACUAGACAAGACUGAUGAGAGGCUGAUAGAGAUCAGCACUGAACUUGAGGUGGAGAAACAGAACAGAUCUAUACACAGCACUCUUAGCACAAGGCCAGUCCUGGAGUCCUCUUCUGUUGGAAAUUUCAAUCCUGCUUCAGGAUUCAAUACAAAUGUUAUUUCAAGAGCAAACAGAGGGUUUUCUACCUCAAUUCCACGCUGUUCAAAUGACAGUAUAGAGACUUACUUGACCAAGAUGCAGCAGGAGUUGGACAGGAGUAUAACUAGAGAAAUAAGAAAAGUUGAUGCUGAAUUUGCAUCUGAUGCCUUUACAGUGUCUCAUGUAUCUGCAGAUGGGUCAAAUGUGUAUGAUCACCAAAUUUUGAAAACAAAAGCACAGUAUACACAGAUUUUGAAGGAAAAAUAUAUGAUUUAGAAUGAUAAAUCGUAAAAGUUUCCCUACUGGACUG